AUCUUUUGUUUAAUUGUAUGCCUCGUGGCUAGAUGCACUUACUAAUAGAUCAUGGCAUUUCUCACACUGUUUCAAGAUUCUGAAAGUUCUAUGACAGGAUCCUUUGAUGAUUCUAAUGAGGAUGAUGAUAGCAGCGAUGAAGAAUUUUCAGAUGGAGAGAUGGACAUGUCCCAUCUGAACAACACAUCAGUUUUAGAAGACGGAAAAAAAGGAGAGAAGUUUUUCUGGCAGUACAAUGUUCAAUCUAAAGGUCCGAAAGGAACCAAAUUGAAACUUCAUUUGGACAGUAAAAAUCCUCAUAAAUUAAAGAACUUUGAAGAUCCUGUUUUUGAUCCUAAUAACACUAAAUCUGGAAUUCGACAUGGUGGAAAGGCGCGAAAAGGAGAUGGAAACGAUAUCGUGCCGUCACCCAGAAAACUUUUCAGUCUUGGUGUUCAGAUACGUAGACUCAAUCACAUGAUCAAUGAGAUAUCAGCCAAUAACGAUCAGUCAGCUUCGAAACGAAAUGAGUUACGAAAGAAGAAAAAUAAGCUCGCAUCCAGAGCUUGCAGAUUAAAGAAGAAAGCUCAACAUGAAGCUAAUAAAGUGAAAUUGUUUGGAAUUGGGAAAGAACACAGUCAGCUGAUAGAAGUCAUCAAGACUAUAAAAGGAGAAUUAAAAAAGAAGGCAAGGGAUGUUGAAAAUGAGACUUUGAGUAAUAAAGAAAAUUUAAUAAGUACAUUAGACCGGUUAAUUGCUAACAAAUUAACUGACAGAAUAGCUGGAAAUACGACAGUGUAUGUUAACAGUGUGAUAAAAACAGUGGAAGGAGGCGAUACAACGGGAGGAAUCCCCAGCGCUCGGAAAUAAACAGAUCCAUCCAAUCAGAGAUCAGCCCCUUCAGAAUCUCUUUAUUUUGUAUUACACCAGAACUCUUUUAGUUGUCUAAAACUUGAGAUCAAAUGGACAAAUACCAUCUUCCAAUCAGCAACAUCAACUUUUUAACAACAAGUAAAAAUAACUCUUUGAUUCCCAUAAGCAUGAUCUUCAAAGCUUCUCAUGAACUUUUUGAUUCAAGAGGCAUGAGCUUUUUCGAACAUAAGAACAUAUUAAUCCAACGUGUGUAAAUAACAUCUGGGAAGAAUUUUUUGACUGACAGCCUUGAUUGCAUUUGACUUGAUAUUAAUGAACGAUUUCAUAUCUUGUGAUCUUAAAUUGUGUUCAAUUUUUCGAAUGUAGAGACACUGUAAAUGGGAAAAAAUUGACAAGAAUUUGCCAGCAAGAUUCGAUGUUUCAAUAUUGUUAUUAAUGUUGUUUUAAGUCUGAUUGUCCAAAUAAUCGGUGUUAAAGUUUUUUGUUGUUUGUUAAACUAUCUUUUGAUGCUCCAUGAGCUGUGAAUUUUAAAAAGAUAGGGGCGUGGUUGGAGAGAGAAUUCGAAUAUAAGAUAUCGUCAAUUUCUAAUUAAAUUUGAAUGAUAAUUCAAUUGCAGCAUGCUAAUGUGAUAAACAUAUCAUUGAAUAUGUGUCUGAUUUGAACGGAAAGCAAGAAAUUGUCGAAGCGAUGAAAAGUCUCUCCUUCCAAAGCCAAUAUGAUUCAAACAACUAAAGAACUCAAUAUGUAUUAAGGUAUGAGUUGAAAUCCUAAGCGAGAAGUGGUGUUAGGCAUUGGCCUGUGAAUAAACCAUUUGUCUUUCAAGAUAAUCGUCAGGCUAUUGCAAGUAUGGCCGUAGCAUUUGAGAAUAAAAACUUGGUUUACUAUAAAUAAAUACAAGCAUUUUUUAUAUCACCUUUCAUAUUAUUUUCUUCGUAAAUUUUUACAUUUUAUAGAUCAUUUCCUCAAUAUUUGAUUUGUAGAUUAAAAUUUGUGUCUCAUAAUUUGUAUUUAAAAACCCAUCAAGGUGCAUGUUGUAAAUAACAAUAUGUAGUUAUUUGUAGUUAAAUGUAGCUAUCAACCCUAUUUCAUGUAUUAUCCCUAUUCCACCUACUAUCAAGUAUUUGUAAUAUUAACAUUUCAUGUAGUCUUAAUAUAACAAAACAUGACAAAAUUUCAUAAUAAGAUAGCAUAAAAGUGCAUUUUUGAUGCAAUUUUGGCAUGUUUUGCUGAUUGUUCAGGUGUAGAUUUUCAUAAUCAACAAAUUAUAUUUAAAUAUUUAAUAUUAUAAAACUUGUGACAAACCAUGCCUAAAUAUCAUUAUUACUUAUUGUUAUAUAGUCAAAGACAAGAUAUUUUUGCAUGACUGGUUAUGAAAUUAGAUGUUCAUUUACCUUGUAUAUUGUAAAAUGUGUUUUUUGUUGUCACUGUCUUCAUUGUACAGCCAAGUGACCUUAUUCCAUACAAUUUCUAGUUGUAGCCUACCAUAGAUAGUAGAAUUGUUAUAUAUCAAUGAAAAUAUCUUACAAAAUGACAUAAAUUGGAAAAUAUCAGAGAAAUUUCAAUUGUUUUGUUAUCUGUUAUGAUGGUCUGUUUUGUUUGUGAUUUGAGAAUAUAUAAAAAUAAAAUUGGCUAAGCAAU